AUGGCUGCCCCUGCCGAACAGCGCAUUGCUGUGCCCAUCGACGACCCGAAUGCGGACACUGAGUGGAAUGACAUACUCCGGAAACAUGGCGUCAUCCCCGAGAAACCCCCUUCACCUACUCCCAUGAUCGAUGAAGCAAUCCAAGAAGGCCGUCGACUAGCACACGAGAACAGGUUAGAGGGCAAGGAGCUUGACGAACUCGAUGCGCUCGAAGACGACGAAGACGAGGCCUUCCUGGAGCAGUAUCGACAGAAGCGAAUGCAAGAGCUGAAUAGCCUGACCAAGAAGUCCAUACAUGGCACUGUCUACCCGAUAACGAAACCCGAAUACUCGCGUCAAGUCACGGAAGCCUCGAACAACAGCCCAGUCUUUGUUAAUCUCACAUCACCUAUGGGCAACAAUGUCGAGUCGAGAGUCCUGUCAGAACUUUGGCGGCAGGCAGCCAAGGAAUACGGAGACAUCAAGUUCUGCGAGAUCAGAGCUGACAAGGCAAUCGAGAAUUAUCCCGAUCGCAACUGCCCGACGAUCCUCGUAUACAAGAAUGGCGAUAUCGUCAAGCAGAUUGUCACCCUCGUCACCGUCGGAGGCGUUCGAAUAAGCAUGAUGGAGAUUGACAACUUGCUUGUCGAAGUCGGGGCUGUUGGCGAGAAGGACAUGAGAGUGGUCAAGCGGAAGAGAGCGGCGGAAGAUGCGAGGGAAGAAGAGAUGAUGGGGAAACGGAUCAAGAGUGGGGACUUGAGACAUGCGACGGAUGGUGAUGACGACGAUGAUGAUUGGGAUUGA